UUUGUUUAGACCCGUACCUGAGGCGCAGCUUAUGGUCUGAGACGGUGGUGUGUCAUUUAGUUGAAACCUAAUAUGUCUACAGGCAGCAGUGCUCGUCGAACUGAAGUGACAAAUGCCAAAGUACGAAUUAAAGCUUUUCCUCCUUCAAUAGAUGAGACAUAUGCCAAUCAGUUAUGGGAUCAGAUUAAAAGUGCUAUAAUCGAGAUUCAAAAGAAAAAUAACAGUUGUUUGAGCUUUGAAGAACUCUACCGCAAUGCGUACACUUUGAUAUUACAAAAGCAUGGUGAGCGUCUCUAUGCGGGAACAGAGGCCGUUGUACGUGAACAUAUGAUCAAGAUUCGCGAUAGUAUUGUUGAAAAUCUAAAUAAUAAGUUUUUAACUUAUCUUAACUCGUGUUGGAAAGAUCACCAAACUGCUAUGGGGAUGAUUCGUGAUAUUCUUAUGUACAUGGAUCGUGUCUACGUCGGCCCCCAUAACCUGGAUGGAGUUUAUAAAAUGGGGAUGACUGUUUUCUGCGAUCUUGUCGUACGUUAUCCAAUUAUUAGAGAGCACUUGCAGAAAACUCUGUUGGAUAUGGUGCGCAGGGAACGUCGGGGUGAAGUUAUAUCGCGUUCUCAGGUUCGAGAUGCCUGUCAGAUGUUUGUGCAGUUAGGGGCCGGUUCAUUACGUGUUUACCUGGAAGAUUUUGAACAACCAUUUUUGGAGCAGUCAAGAGAAUUUUACCGCUCAGAAAGUGAAAAUUUCCUCGCUGAGAAUACUUCUGCUUCCCUGUAUAUUAAAAAAGUCAAACAAAGAAUUGAGGAGGAAGUUCGAAGGGCACAUCAUCAUCUUGAUCCGUCCACGGAACCCAAAAUCGUUGUCGUAUUAGAAGAGGAGCUUAUCAGUCGACACAUGGAAACUAUUGUCGGUAUGGAAGAUUCAGGAUUAACUUACAUGUUAACUCAUGAUCACUUCAGUGAUAUCGCUGCUAUGUACGGCGUUUUAAGUAGGGUUGAAGAAGGACCAAAAAUAAUGAGUAACUACAUUAGCCUUUACUUGAGAGAGCAGGGACGAAAUACUGUACGUGAUACUGGGACAUCAACACCCCAACAGCACAUUCAAGAUUUGCUUCAAUUACGCGAUUGCGCUAAUGAAUUAUUAACUAGAGCGCUUAAUAAUCAGACAAUAUUUCGUAAUCAAAUUAAUUCUGAUUUUGAGUACUUUGUCAAUUUAAAUCCUCGUUCUCCUGAAUUUCUAUCAUUAUUUAUCGAUGAGAAACUAAAACGUGGCACCAAAGGUAUGGCGGACCAAGAUGUAGAUGCCAUUUUUGAUAAGUGUAUUGUUUUGUUCCGAUAUUUACAGGAAAAGGAUCUAUUUGAAGGUUAUUACAAGAAGCAUCUGGCAAAAAGGCUGUUAUUAAGUAAAAGUCAGUCAGAUGAUCAAGAAAAGAUUAUGAUAUCCAAGCUUAUGGCCGAAUGUGGUGCUGUAUACACAAGUAAACUAGAAGGAAUGUUUAAAGAUAUGGCAGUGUCUAAAACCCUCAUGGACGAAUUCAACAUAAUACUAUCCAAUGGUAAUCGCAAUCUUAACCUAGAUCUGUGCGUUCGUGUACUAACUACUGGUCUUUGGCCAACUCAAGUAACUAAUUCUAAUGAAGCAUUACCAGAAGAAGCUGAUACAGCGUUUACAGUUUAUAAAAACUUCUAUUUAAGCAAGCAUAACGGUCGGAAAAUAAAUCUGCAGACAAACAUGGGGUACGCAGAAUUAUCUGCUGUAUUUUAUGGUCGUCCUAAUGCAGAUAUCAAUACACCUCACAUCUCUUCUGUUACUGACUCUCAUACUCACGGUUUCCUUAUUCAUGGCUCCAGUUCUGCAUCUUUGAAUCAAAUGUCAAGUCAAAGUAGUCAACAGUCGCCAAUCAGUGGAUUACCAGGAAGCCCAGGUGCUCCAAAAACACUUGAUCCUCCCAACUCAAUUAGUACCACUAGUCGAUCAAAUGUACGGAAAUAUUUCUUACAGGU